UAUUCCGCAAGCGGAUUCGAACGAGGAGAGAAGAUGGCGUCCGAGGGACGCUCGGAGAUUCCCAAGGCGGGGGAGCUGCCGUUGCCAGGAUACGGAGCCUGGUCGCCCAAAGAGCUACAGGCCAAGCUGGCCGAGAUCGGGGCCCCGACUCAGGGUAGCCGUGAAGAGCUGCUGGAAAGGCUGCAAACAUAUACUCUUCAGACAGGGAUUCUGCUUACCAGGCCUGUUCUGAGAGGAGACGAUGGAGACAACUCAGGCCCACCUCCCUUGCCAGGACCGGUCCAAGGCAUUCCUUUGCCCCCACCUCCAAUGGGCAUGCCCCCGAUGCAGCCUCCCCCUCCCCCUCCUCCUGGCAUGGGCCUCAACUUCCCCAUGGGCGUGGGACCUCCUCCACCGCCCCCCACUCUGGGCCCGCCUCUCCGCAUGCAGAUGGAUCCUUCCUCGUUGCCCGAGGAAGAGCGACUGAAGCUGGCUCAGCAACAGGCCGCCAUGUUGAUCCAACAGGAGGAGAGAGGCAAGCAGGCAGCCGUAUUAAUGGAGCAGGUGCGCCAUCAAGAGAUGUCAAAGCUAGCCCCUUCAGUACCUCGGACAGUUCCAGAUCUGCUAUCAAGACCUCAAAGCCACCCCAGAAUAAACCCAUCUUCCAGCUCCCCCAUGGGAAUAGCGAGUUCAAGACCCCGUGGCCCCCCACCGCCUCCUGGAGAAGACAGUCGGGAGAUCGACGACUCAGGGGUGGGCCCCAAAAUUCCUCAAGCCUUGGAAAAGAUCCUUCAGCUUAAGGAGAUCCGUCAGGAAGAGCUGACAUCUGUACCCGGCGCCAUAGACGAUGAUAUGGAGACAGAGCUGAGGAUGCUGGCCGGCAUCUCUGCCUCCGAUGCUGAAGACGGCGCUUCGGCCCUGUCUAAGAAAGAGAAAAACCGCAAACGACGGAACCGGAAGAAAAAAAAGAAGCAAAACGCCCCUUCCAAAAGUAACCAGGUUUCCCAGGCUGCCAAGGGACACGAGGAAGAAUCGGGAAGUGAUGCCCCUGUGGAAAUUGAGUACGUGACCGAAGAGCCGGAAAUCUACGAUCCCAAUUUCAUCUUCUUUAAAAGGAUAUUUGAGGCAUUCAAGCUGACCGACGACGUUAAGAAGGACAAGGAGAAAGAACCGGAGAAAACAGACAAGUUGGCCGCUUCGGCUUUGCCAAAGAAGAAGGGAUUUGAGGAAGAACGGAAGGACAGUGACGACAGCUCUGAUGAUGAGCAGGAAAAGAAGCCGGAAGCUCCCAAGUUGUCCAAGAAGAAACUGAGGCGGAUGAACCGUUUUACUGUGGCUGAGCUGAAACAGCUGGUGGCCCGCCCCGAUGUGGUGGAGAUGCAUGAUGUGACGGCACAGGAUCCCAAGCUGCUAGUCCACUUGAAGGCCACCCGCAACUCUGUCCCCGUGCCCCGCCACUGGUGUUUCAAGCGCAAAUAUCUCCAGGGGAAGAGAGGCAUCGAGAAGCCGCCAUUUGACCUGCCGGAAUUCAUUAAGCGCACGGGGAUCCAAGAGAUGAGGGAAGCCCUGCAGGAAAAGGAGGAACAAAAAACCAUGAAAUCCAAAAUGCGGGAGAAAGUCCGUCCGAAGAUGGGCAAGAUCGACAUCGAUUACCAGAAACUGCACGAUGCCUUCUUCAAAUGGCAGACGAAGCCAAAGCUGACCAUUCAUGGCGAUUUGUACUACGAGGGCAAAGAGUUCGAGACGCGUCUGAAGGAGAAGAAGCCGGGAGAUCUUUCGGACGAGCUGCGCAGCGCGCUGGGGAUGCCCGUUGGGCCGAACGCCCACAAAGUUCCCCCUCCGUGGCUGAUCGCCAUGCAGCGCUAUGGCCCACCGCCUUCCUACCCCAACCUGAAAAUCCCGGGUUUGAAUUCUCCCAUCCCAGAGGGGUGCUCGUUUGGAUAUCACGCCGGAGGUUGGGGUAAACCACCUGUGGAUGAGACUGGGAAGCCUCUGUAUGGAGAUGUCUUUGGGACCAAUGCUGCUGAAUUCCAGGCUAAGACCGAAGAAGAAGAGAUAGACCGGACCCCUUGGGGGGAACUGGAGCCGUCCGACGAAGAAUCCUCAGAGGAGGAAGAAGACGAGGAUACGGACGAGGAGAAGCCAGACGAGACGGGCUUCAUCACCCCUGCCGAUAGCGGCCUAAUCACACCAGGCGGCUUCUCUUCCGUGCCCGCCGGCAUGGAGACCCCAGAGCUGAUUGAGCUGCGUAAGAAGAAGAUCGAGGAAGCCAUGGAUGGAAGCGAGACGCCCCAACUAUUCACGGUUCUGCCGGAGAAGCGGAUGCCAACGGUUGGGGGUGCCAUGAUGGGAUCCACCCAUAUCUACGACAUGGCCACAGUUAUGAGCCGCAAAGGGCCGGUCCCCGAAAUCCAAGGGGUGGAGGUCGCCCUGGCGCCCGAAGAGUUGGAGCUCGAUCCCAUGGCCAUGACCCAGAAGUACGAGGAGCACGUGAGAGAGCAGCAGGCCCAAGUGGAGAAGGAGGACUUCAGCGACAUGGUGGCCGAGCACGCGGCCAAGCAGAAGCAAAAGAAGCGGAAAGCACAGCCGCAGGACAGCCGAGCCGGAGCCAAAAAGUACAAGGAAUUCAAGUUCUGAAAUGCCCCCCUUUCUUUUUUUCCCUUGGCUUUUUAAAAAAAAUACUUUCUCGGUCUCGCCGUCGCUUUACCCUAAAAAAUCUGCCCUCUGUGGUUGGUUGGUUUUUGUUUGUUUUUUUGCAUCUUUGUGGUUGGAGCUCAGAAACGGAUUGUUUUGUAAAUAAAAGUCAGAGAUUCUG